UAAGCGUCAAGCCUGUGUGUGAGCAAGUCAGUUGAGUAUCUAAUCUCGAAUCGAGCGAGUGCCUUUGCUGUGCCUUCCACAAAUGAUGACGGAAGGAACCAAACAAACAAGAGAAUAACGUGAUUUUUGGAUUGAGUGAAUGUGAUCAGUACUACGCUAUUACAAAUAAUAUAAUACUGAAAUUGGUUCCGGAGUCUUAUCGCUUUUUACACUCAAGAUGGCGAAAGGUCUGUUACUAUUAUUUGGCAUAAUAGUCUUACAACGAUGUUCCAAAGCUGCACCGAGUGAACCUACUGAAAACAUUCAUCCAGUGAUUACUGCAAGUAUUCAAGGAGAUACAACACUCGAUAGUGAACCAAAUAUUGCAAGACAUUCAACAAACGACAACGAUGCCAGUGAGAGUCAACGACAAAAACGUUUUUACGAUUUCACAGGAUUUGAAUAUUCACCAUACGAUUUGCCACCUGCUUUGUCUUAUCCAAGCCAACCUCAAAAUGUAAAAAGAGAUAGUUCUCAUAAUACUGCUGUAUAUGGCACUGAAGAUCCAUUAAACAUUAUAUUCAAAAGGUUGCACGAAAUAGUAAGAGAUGUUAGAUAUCAAAACGUACCGCAGCCUGCCUACACUCCAAUACCAGCCUAUAUUCCAUUCUUCUAUAUACCACAGUAUGACUGCGGUUGUACAAAUAAUAACCAAGGGCCAGCACCACCAGUAAAUAAUCCUACACCUCAACCACCGUUACCAGCUACAAGUAGUGAUAAUCCAGCUAAUGGUAUCGAAACAACUACAAAUAGUAGCGUUACAUUAGAUAAUAGAGGUGGGUUUGAUGAUAGGAGACAAAAUUGGGGUGUAGUGACAAGCAAACCAGAUUCGAAUAAUGUCGUUAUGGGUGACGGAAGCAGACCAAUCAAUUUUGAGCCUAUCCCUCCUGCAGAACCCACGGAAAUACCUGCGCCACCAGUAGAUCAUGGAACUAUUCAAGCUGGCGCCGAACCUGCACAAAACCCAAAUCAAAUCAACUCACCUCCGUCCCAGGGCUACGUCCCAGAACGCCCAGAAGUAAUGCUCGACCUGCCAGCAAGCAGUUCUAAAAAUUAUAUACCAUCUCUUUGUGAUGGAGCCAUAAUAAGUUGUUGUAAUCGUCCUCAAAUUACAAAUAAAUGCUUUGAAUCUCUUGGUUGUGAAGACCCUUCUAUUUAUGGCAGUCCUUGUGACCCGAAAGUACAACUAAUGGUGAUAAAUAAAUUUCAGUACUUUCAAAAGAGAAGAGCUGGUUGAGAGUUGAGACCUAUAUAAAAUGAAGAGAGAGAGACGUUUGAAAGUUAGGCAAGUGCUGCUUUGAAAUUAGGUCAUAUUAAUUAAUAGAUAGGUAUUAUAUUAUAAGUCUUUUGAAUGUCUGUAUGUUAUGUUCAAUGUUCGAUUUCCGUUGCUCCUAUGUUUGCCUAAUUAAUUUGCCUCAGGUCUAGCAGAACUCUUAGACAAUUUCUUAUUUUCCUUAGAAUUUGACAAAUUAAUUUUUUUUGAGUGAAAAUAACGCACCUCAAUUUCAAUACCAAAACAAACUGAAAUGCCCUUACUAUAGUUUUAAGGGCAAGUUUUCAAUCUAACUUAGGAAUUAAGUCGAUGUUUAGACAAUUUAUUGUUUUGAAAAUCUAUGAAAAAGUCAAGUUAUUCUGCAGUUAAAAUUUAGCUUACGAUUUAAAAUCAUCUCUUGAAGAAAAUAAAGAACAAAUCGAAAGCAGUAACAAAAUAGUUUGCUUUCAGCGAUUAACUACAAACUUAUAGCAUUCCUAGGAUUAGUCAAAAAUGCGUUAGUCAAAAUUCAAAGCUAUGAACUUUGCUUAUGGCCUAAAAAUUGACGAGGUAAACCCAGGAGUGGUGGAGAUUCAGAUUUUGAUAGAGAUAUUUAUUAUAAGUGUCGUUGAACA